CAGUGCCUGGACACCGCAGCCGGGGAGAGAAAUUUGUGAAAGCAGCCCAGAAGGAGCGGACGGACCAAAAUCCUUCUGGAAAGGUGGCUAUAUCUUCAGAAUUUUUUUUUCCACGGAACCAUCGCAGAAAAUAGAGUUGAAGCCCUCCGUGAGGUUUGUGAAGAUUAUUAUAUGUCCGUAUGAAAUAACGAGUUGGGUAUUGCAUUAUAAGGUCACACCUCAAUUAACUGGACGUCUGCCCUCUUGACUGCUGGAAAUCCCUGACGGAGUAACCGCUUUACCUGCUGCGGGAUGAUUCAGCAGCUGGCCGGGGCUUUAAGCGACUUGGCACACGGCGAGUGAAAGCAUCCAGAAAAGAAAGUUGAAGCAGUAAAACUGGCGCAGAGUGGCCGAAGCGAUCAGUUCAUUUACCUUUCGUCCACUCAGUUGUCAUUCUUCUGGCAAUGGGAUGAUUGCGUUCUUACUAACCUGAAACAACCCCGGGAAAGACUUUUUCCUGAUGUCGGACCAUUCAGACGCCAAGCCCUACCCCUUGCCGGUUCCGGCAGAUCGGGAUGGAGCCUCGGCUUCGAGCAGCCCCAUGGCACAGAUGCGCUGGGUGGGCAGCUAUACCCAGGGCAGACCUGACCUUGGACUGCCCUCUGAGGGCAGUGAUAGCAGCGGUCAGGACCCCGCCCUCUCUCCUCACAACGUGCGCAAGACAUCGCGUUCUCGGUUGUCCCCCGAGGAGGAUGUGGAGAUGAAGAGCAGUGGGUCCAGCAGCAGCGGGACAGAAUCGCAUGGCAAUGAGAGUCGUGGGAAUGACAGCAACGGUCAUGAGUCAACGGGCAGCUCCAACAGCCGGAGUAAAGAUUCGGCAUUGCUAGAAUCUUCAGGCAGCAAUAAAAGUUCCAACUCCCACAGCCCAUCUCCUCCCAGCAGCUCCAACGCUUACAGUCUGCUGAGCUCGGAGCAGGACAACCCUUCAACCAGCGGCUGCAGUAGUCAGGAGUCUGCGAAAGCCAAGAACCAGAAGGAGGUGAUUAAAACGCUGAAGGAGCUCAAACGUCACAUGCCAGCUGACAAGCAGCGCAACAGCAAGUCGACCACACUGAGCGCGCUGAAAUAUGCCCUGCGCUGUGUGAAGCAAGUGGAAGCAAAUGAGGAGUACUACCAGCUGAUGAUGGUCAAUGACAGUCAUCCCUCUGGCCCAGAUGUUUCUUCUUAUACCAUAGAGGAGAUAGACAGCAUCACUUCAGAGUACACCCUCAAAAACAACGACAUUUUUGCAGUGGCGGUUUCCCUGAGCACAGGAAAAAUCAUCUAUAUAUCUGACCAGGCUGCCUCCAUCCUCAACUGUAGAAGAGAUGCGUUCAAGGACUCUAAGUUUGUGGAGUUUCUGAUGCCGCAGGAUAUCAGUGUGUUCUACAGCUUCACCACCCCUUACCGCCUGCCCUCCUGGAGCAUGUGCACUGGAGCAGAUCCGUCUCCUUCUGACUGUAUGCAGGAGAAGUCCUUUUUCUGUCGUAUCAGUGGCGGUAACGAGUUCGAGGGUGAUUUGCGGUACUAUCCGUUCCGCAUGACCCCUUAUUUGAUGAAGGUGCAGGAUGUAUCUCAUAAUGAAGACCAGCUCUGCUGCCUCCUGCUGGCUGAGAGGGUUCACUCUGGAUACGAAGCACCCAGAAUUCCACCAGAUAAGCGCAUUUUCACCACCACACACACUCCAAAUUGUGUGUUUCAGGAUGUGGAUGCGAGGGCUGUUCCUCUCCUUGGUUACCUCCCGCAGGACCUCAUCGGUACUCCGAUUCUUUUUCACCUGCAUCCCAGUGACUGGCCCGUCAUGCUGGCCAUUCAUAGAAAAAUCAUACAGCAUGCAGGGCAGCCAUUCGACCACUCGUCCAUCCGCUUCUGUGCUCAAAAUGGAGAAUACAUCGUCCUGGACACCAGCUGGUCAACCUUCGUCAACCCCUGGAGCAGAAAGGUUUCCUUUGUUAUCGGGAGGCAUAAAGUUCGCAUGGGCCCAAUGAAUGAGGACAUUUUCACGACUCCGGCCUCAAGCAUGGGUCACAUGAAGAAUAUGGACUCAGACAUCCAGGAAAUAACAGAGCAGAUUCAUCGGCUUUUGCUGCAGCCGGUUCACAACAGUGGGUCGAGUGGUUACAGCAGCCUUAACAGCAAUGAGUACCUUCAGGGCAUGACCUCCUCCUCUAGUGAGAGCCUGAACAGUAAACAAGGCAAAAAACAACAAAAGGAAGGGGAGCAGAGCAGCAAAAGCAGACCUCGUACUUUUCAGGAAAUUUGUAAGGGAAUUCAUCUUCAGAAGAACCAAGAGCAACAGACGGCAAAAUCAGAACACAAACGUAGCAAUAACAUGUCAGGACAGAACAGCCAGGCGGUUGUCCGUCUCAAAGACUCAGCUCCCCCGAUCAGCUGGAGGGAGGCCACCGCCGCGGACAGUCGGGUCCCUUUUCACGAGGACCUUGACCUCAAUGAUCAGACUGUCUACUCCUACCAGCAAAUCAGCUGUCUAGACAGUGUAAUCAGGUACUUGGAGAGCUAUAAUGUUCCUGUCAUCAUGAAGAGAAAAUGUCAGUCAUCCUCCUCUAACUCUGAUGAGGACAAACAGAAGAAGUCACAUGCUGUGCAGGUCUCUGAAGAACCAACCUUAUCGAAGGAUCAGUCUGCUAUUUCUGCUUUGGAUGAUCCUCACAAAAAGACCAGUGACCCCGCCACUGCGGUAGUAGGCACUUCGAUGCCCCUACCAGUGCCAAACAAACCUGAAAGUGUGGUGUCCAUUACCAGCCAAUGUAGCUACAGUAGCACUAUAGUGCAUGUUGGGGACAAGAAACCUCAACCUGAUUCAGAGAUCAUAGAGGAUGUACCUGUUGCAGGAGAUAUGCCAGUAACCAGCCAGAACAUCAACGCUCCUCGUCCAGUUUCACCUCCGAGUCAGGAGAUGGAGUCCUACAAGAAACUUGGUCUGACUAAGCAGGUUCUGGCAGCUCAUACGCAGAAGGAGGAGCAGGCCUUUCUCUGUCACAUUCGAGAGCUUCGAGGACUCGCUCCUCACAAAGGAAAUGGCUCGCCGCCUCUGGACCAACAGAAAGAUGAACGCACCAUCACUGCUGUGCACACUGUUCAGCCCAGAAAGCACCAAGGUCAGAGACCAGAGCCGAUGCCCCGCCGAGGAACACGAAACAAGAAGACCAAAACCAAGAGAGCAAAGCUUCUCACUUCACAGAGCGCUGAGGCUGCCCCUCACAAGGAGCGACAGCAGCCGCAGAAGGCCCCUCAGACAACACAGAGCCAUACGCAGUCCCCAGUAUCUCCAUCUGUUGCCUCACAGCCCGCUUUUCCUGCACCAUAUCCUGUCAUGCUGCCAGGCUACCCAAUGCAGAUCUACGCCAGAACAGAUUCUGCAUUGUCAUGCACAGAAGCUCCACCACAAGACUUGGGGGUUAAUCAGAGUGCCCAGCUACCUUGGUUGUCCCCAGGCACUCAGUCUGCCCCCGUAACCUCUCAUAUGGUCACACCUAUUAUGGCUUUUGUGCUGCCCAACUACUUAUACCCUUUAAUUGGACAUCCAGCACCACCGGUGCCAAUGUAUCAGGUAGAUGCUGGGGGUAUCCCAAUGCAAGCGCAGCCUUUUGAUCAGACUGCUUUCCCAAGCCAUGCCGCCUUUGCAACCCCACCUUUUAUCAACGGUCAGAACCAGCUCAACCCACAGUUAGCAUCCUACCUGUCUCCAGCUUUCCACUUGCCUUCCUCCCCUGACACCCCGAAGCCCCUGGUGGAAGGCCGCUCCCGCUCCUCCACGCCACAGUCUGGUGAAAGUGAAGGUCAGGCGUCCCCGCCUCUGUUCGAGUCCCGCUGCAGCUCGCCUCUGAACCUGCUGGAGCUGGAGAUCUCUGUGGACAGGCAGGACAACGCACCUCAUGCUUCAGCAGGACAAGGGACUAACAUGGCUGACAGAGAGAAAGCAGCAAGCACCAGCAAAGCAAAGGAGAGGGAGAUGAAAGAGAGGAGCGAUGAAGGUAACAACAGUGAUGUCAUCUCAACAUCGAGCGACAUGCUGGACAUCAUCCUUCAAGAGGACUCUUGUUCAGCCACCUCCGGCUCCAUGGGCUCCGGCUCCAACGGCUUUGGGACCUCAGCAAGCGGGAAGUCCAAGAGCAGGACGUCGGCCAGUGGCGCCUCGGCCAGUGGGGCAUCAGGCAGUUUUUCAGGAAGCAACAACAGCAGUAAAUACUUUGGCAGUGUGGACUCAUCUCAGAGCAGCCAGAAGACCAAAGGCCUCCUUAGGAGCAGUGAGGAAAGACCAGCGGAGGCAGGGCUCCUCGAGUGUGUCCUGCAGGACCCCGCCUGGCUGCUGAUGGCCAAUGCAGAUGAGAAAGUCAUGAUGACCUAUGAGCUGCCCUCGCGGGACAUUGACAGAGUGCUGGAAGAAGACAAUGAGAAGAUAAGGGUGCUGCAGCAGAGCCAGCCCCACUUUUCAGUGGACCAGAGGAAGGAGCUGUGCGAGGUCCACCCCUGGAUAGAGAAGGGAGAGAUACCCAAAGCCAUCAAUGUUGAGGGAUGCACCUGGUGUGACAACACCUCAGAGACUGCACCAACGGUUGGAGCAGAAGACCAGCCAGAUUUUGGACUGGGUGACACAGAGACCAGAGAGGACUACUGCCCAGAGGGGCUCAGAGGCCAACCUUUAACCUCUGCCUUGACCUCCUGUCACUCAGGUCAUCCUUCAAGCUGCAGCCCAGGGGCAGAAGAAGCAAAUCAACAAGAGUUUUAAAGAAACUGCUGCUCUGUUGUAAAGAAUAAGUGGCCUAAGAUGAGCCGUUUUGCUGUGUUGCAGUUCAAUCUGUGCAUUUGUAAAAGGUGAAUGUCUGUGGUGAUUAAUUUCGUUUCAUUUUUAGCUGUGUAAGGCAGGGUCGCUUAGUUGCUUCUGGGACAAAGGCUUUGUGACUUAGUGUGUUUAAUUAUUUGCCUUCUUUCGCAUUUCGCAGUGUGGCACCUUGAAAGAAUUUCAUGCACUGACUAUAGGAGAUAAAACAUGUGACAAGGAAACAGCACAAUGCUCAAAAUCAUGCUCACAGCGUUACAACAGAUACCAAGUAAACACACGUCGGACUGUGAGACAGUUAAUAAAAUUAUUAUUUCAGGAUAUUUUUAGUUAAGUGAGGUUAAAAAAAAUGUAGAGGUUUUCUUUUUUUUUUUUUUUUUAGCAACAAAUUACUUCGGUUCUAUUAUUCAUUCUCAUAAGGUACCGGAUGAGCAUAUGUGCACUUUUUUGGUGCUAAAAGGAAGAAUUUUUGGCAGUUACAAUUGUUCAAACUCAUUUUUGGGGCUGGGAAAUUCAAACUUGUUAAGCUAUCCGUCAUUUCCGUCCAUUCUCCGCCACAUAGAAACAUGCUCUGACUCUUGCCCUCAGUGGAGUAACAUGAGGUCCAACAAACCUGACAUAAAGGCCAGUUAUUCAUAAUAUAUUUGACCUUGUUUGGUUAUAUAAGUAGCUCCAGGCACAAUGUCAGCCUGGUUUGUUUUUUUAUUGAUUGUUUAUCUGGCGCUCUGUACAUUAUUGAAGCUGAGAGCAAACUGGGCCAUGGUAGUAAAAUGAGGAUAAUGCCAUAAAGUAAAAACCAUAUCCUACCUAAUAAAAGCACAUGUGAUACUGCAGUAUUUAUUAAGCUGAUGAUAAUAUUUAACAGGAUAUGAGCAUGUGCACGAUGCUGUUUUUACUUGGUUGUAGUGUUUCAAUUUUUUAUUUUUUUUCAGAGCCAUGUCUUACCAAACUAUGCUUGAUAUGGGUUUGGCAUAUUUUAGUUUUUUCUAUCUUACAAAAUGCAUCAAAUGUUUUAGAUGUGAAAUUCUUAUUUCUUUGCUGACGUUGCACACGUUAACCUUUAAAAAAGUCUUUGAGUAUAUACAUACGUAUAUAUUUUGCAUAUAUGCUUUUUGAAAACUACACAAUGUAUUUAUUAGAAAAAAAAAAAACUAAAUUAAAAAACAGACAGGACCAAGAAGACUAAUGCUGACUACAGAUCAGAAAGGGAAAAAUAACUGAGUGGUUGUUUACAGUGGAGAAGGUUGGUAGAGUAAGAGGGGACACCAGCUCAUUAUAAGCCAAAAACCUGAAAGGUCUGUUAUUAUUUUAGAAACUUAAGAUGCCUGGGUUUUUUUAUAUUAUAAUUUCACAUGAGAAUCCAUGCUAUUUCUCUGUAACUUUUCUGAAUAUGUAAUUAGUCUUUCUGCUAUUUCAGCAGGGUUAUCAAGCACCUUUCUAUUUUGUGUCCUUAUUUUUUCUUGGUUCAAUGAAAAUAAAUAUUUUCUUGACAUAAAAUGUUUAA